UUUUGACAUGACCAAGCAUACAGAUUUAAAGGAGGGUUCACGAAAAAGAGAAUUUAUCUUAAAGACAAAACAUUUGAAAUACAGUUAAAACAUGUCUUCUCCCGUUUAUGAUGAUGAUAUUGCAGCCGUGGUUAUAGACAAUGGUUCCGGAAUGGUCAAAGCUGGAUUUGCAGGCGAUGAUGCACCGAGAGCUGUUUUUCCUGCAAUAACUGGACGCCCAAGACAUCAGAUAGUAAUGCAAGGUAUGGGUGGGAAGGACUGUUUUGUUGGAGACGAAGCACAGAGUAAACGUGGCGUCCUAACAUUGAAAUAUCCCAUUGAACACGGAAUAGUUACAAACUGGGAUGAUAUGGAAAAACUGUGGCAUCAUACAUUCUAUAAUGAACUCCGAGUUGCUCCAGAAGAACAUCCUGUCAUGUUAACAGAGGCUCCACUAAACCCAAAAGUUAACAGAGAAAAAAUGACACAAAUAAUGUUUGAAACAUUUAAUGCUCCUGCUUUCUAUGUCGCCAUACAAGCCGUUUUAUCUCUGUAUGCAUCUGGGAGAACAACAGGAAUAGUAUUUGAUUCUGGAGAUGGAGUGUCCCACGUUGUACCAAUUUACGAAGGAUAUGCUUUACCACACGCCAUUAAACGUCUAGAUCUCGCAGGAAGAGAUUUGACCGCAUAUCUGCAAAGAAUCUUGCAUGAAAGGGGUUACAAUUUUGUCACCUCAGCUGAAGCAGAGAUAGUGAGAGAUAUCAAGGAGAAAAUGUGCUACGUUGGUCUCGACUUUGAACAAGAAAUGGACACUUCAGUCAAGUCAUCAUCUCUGGAAAAGUCAUACGAAUUACCAGAUGGUGCUGUCAUUACCAUCGGAAAUGAACGCUUCCGGUGCGCAGAAGUCCUAUUUCAGCCAUCAUUCAUUGGAAUGGAGCCCAGUGGAAUCCAUGAAAUGAUCCACAAUUCCAUUAUGAUGUCAGACAUUGAUAUUAGAAAAGAUCUGUACAGUAAUAUUGUGUUAUCAGGAGGUUCCACAAUGUUUCCUGGUAUUGCUGAUCGUCUGAAGAAAGAAAUGGAAGCCAUAUCUCCUGGUUCAAUGAAAACUAAGAUUAUUGCACCUCCAGAAAGAAAAUAUUCAGUUUGGAUUGGAGGAUCUAUACUUGGUUCUCUAUCCACUUUCGGACAGAUGUGGAUUUCAAAGCAAGAAUACGAUGAAAGUGGACCAAGCAUUGUACAUAGAAAAUGUUUCUAGACAAAAGUUUUACUUAAAAGUUAAGGAAAAGUGCAAUAUAUACAAGACUAGUAAGAACAGAUUUGACAAUGUGCAAGAAACAGGAUUAGUACAAAUAUGUCCGAAGAAAAAAACUCUAGAGCAUAACAUUUUUAUUAUACAAGUAUAAAUGCUUCGAUAAAAAGAUCGAUAAAUGGAUAUAAAUCAUUGUGUGCUUGGUUUUUUUUUUUUUGUGAAGGAUUAUUUAAUACUGUCUUGUGUUAGAUGAUAGAGUCACAAAUAUUUACAUACACUUUGUUCAAAUGCCUUGGACAAAAUGGAAUAAUUGUAAAAAUAUGAUAUGAUUUAAUGUUAUGUGAUUUUUUUUUAUUUCAUCAUUAUAGUUGAAUAAUUCUUCGUGCAUCUUUGUGCCUGUUAUAUUCAAAUAUUAAAAGUAGAU